CAAAACCUGGCCUCCUCAACUUGUCAGUACAUGCCCAGCCGGGUUGGGGGGUCGAGUAGUCGUUUAGCAUUUAUAAAUGGUGUGUUUCAAGCUUAGUAGGACAGUGUCUCUCACACUGCAGGGAUGAGCUUCGUGUUUUCACUGAUCAGCAGAUGGAAGAAGAGGAGCUGCAGCCAUCUCAAAGUUACCCAAACUUAGCUCUGUGGAUCAUAGAGUAUGUUUGGACACACAAGAUGAGAGACAUACUGGGAGGUAAGUUUAUUUUUUGAUAUGAUAUUUGAUAGGUUAAUGCUGUCUUGUAGAUGUUUGUUUUUUAAUCUCUACAUCAUGAGUAAAUAAUUUAAAAGUUGAGCAGGUGGCAGUUAUGUCUAUGAAGGAGCAAGUCCAGGUCCCUCUGCACCAUGAUUACUGUCCAUGAAACAGCUGUUAAAUAUUGCAGAACUAGGGUCCAUAUGUAUUAAUUUUACUGAGAAGAAGAGUGUUUUGAUUUAUAUGUCUUAUUAACUAAAGAUUAUUUCAUGACUCUGACUUUUUUUUCUGUAUCUUGGGCUAACAAGUGGUUGAGACAUUAUUAGGGGAUCUUAAAGCUACUAUAAGUUUUUUUUUCAUGCUAACAUGUUCGACUGAAAUUCAUACUGAGGCCUUUUCAUGAUACCUAAAGCCAAAAAAGUCCACCAGCAACAUGAUUAAUGAUCAAUAUCUUCUAACUUGAAAUGGCUGGAAAUGGUGGCAGAGGGGUAGGUGUUAGCCGAGAUGAAGAAAAAGCGCUGUUUUCAUAAUGUUCACUUAAAAAAUGUCAUAUUUGACUGUCAAAAGCCUGCAGAAUUAAUAUUUUUUGCCAUGCUGCUAUUCACUUCAAUAAAGAGGCAAGUUAGUCUGCUUCCAAGUUUGUUUUGUGCAUUUAUUCAGCUCUGGAGAUGGGAGUAUAUCACCUGAAGUUUAGUCCAGUUCUCUUGAAAUCUGCUAAAAUAAUUUGUUGCAGGGAAAAAAAGAGUAUAUAAAUCAGUUGAAUGUAUUUCUGCUUUAGGCUUCCAUACUAUUACCAUAGUUUUAAUGUCUUCCUUAUGUUUACAUGUAGUCAAUCAAUUUCUUGCAUACUCAAAACAUUUGAGACAGUGACAAAAAGUGCAUUUAAUCAUUUACUCAGUUACACUUUGAAUACAAAAUCCUUAUACUUGAGAGUGUAGUUUGAAUAAGAUCCAACUGGGCAUGCUACAGGAUUGGUUUUCUUCCUGUUCAUGUGUAAUCUCCAACAAUUAACAUCAGUAAUGUGAAAUUAUAUUAUGUUUUUUGAAGUUAUUCGUACACAGUAACAGUACAUAUAAACCAGUUAGUCCAAAACUAUGAGUCUACCUGCACUGUGACUAAUUUUUCAUGAUAUAUUUGAUAAAAUAACCACUUAGAAGUUCACUCUUUGUUAAGUUUCAAAAAUGGUAAAAUCAUAAAAGGAGGUUUCAUGCAAUGUUUUUCAGUUUUGGACUCAUCCGAUUGGCCAGAAAUGGACCCUCAGCCUCUGAGCCUUGAAGACUCACUGAGACUGCGUGCUGGCUCCGCUCAGGUGUACUCCAUCGUGAAGAACAUAAACAUUGAACAGUUUGAGAAAGUGAUGGAAUUUCUGGAAACCACCUUCAGACUUCUGCCCAGGCUGGUGACUCCAAUCAAACACAUGAAGAUCAUGUUUGGCCUUAAAACCAUGGUACAGGAUACAGCUGUGGGAGAAUGUUGGCCUCUUAUUUACUGCUUUCUGCGUAACUCUUCCUCAUACAGUGUCUGUUAAUGCCUCUCAUUGCAGGUCAUCAUGAGGAUGCUAAGGGAGGGCCGUGGACUGGUUGACACUGUGUUUAAAAUAAACCAUUUUUUCCCUAGUAAUCUACCUCAAUACCAAGACCAGUCUGUAAGUCUUCUCCCCUGAAUCUCUUUGAAUCUAUCAUGUCUUUGCAACACUGUAUUGAUCAUUAAUAAUAUUUUAACUGGAAAGAUUUUUUCCAGACAGAGCACCUUUUUUGCUGCUCAGGUUGCACAAAAGUACUUCUAUAAUGUUGGAAGUUUCAGUGACUGUGAUUAAUAUAAAUGUCCUUCUUUUCUGAUUGCAUCCAUUUAGAUUCUAAGUCAGUUGUGUCUGGGGUUUCAUACUGUUAUAGUGUUCCCAACAUAACACAGAAAGUAAGUGUUUCACUAAUGCUACAAGUAUCAUGGCGUACUGGCCCUAACAUUAUGAACACCUGAGCAGUCCGAUGCACUAACAAAACAACUUCACUGCAAAUUCUACCUUCAGGGAGCUUCUAAAUUUUCAGUUUCUGUUGACAUAAUCAGGUCUCAGUUACGAGUUGUAUCGAUUUGUCUGCCACAACAUCAGGAGGACCAGACCCUACCUGACAGAGCGUGUAACUGGAGCAUGCAAAAGCUCCUGGUACAGGCUCUCAUAAUAUCACACAUUUACUCCUGAAACACGUUACUAGCAGGCCUCCCUGCAUGCACAUCCAAACCUGGCCAAAAACAGCAUGUCACUCUACUGCUCAUUUCUCUUCACUGGUUUCCAGUUGCCGCUUGCAUCAAAUUAAAAAUCCCACUUCUUAUUCCCACACUGCCUUGGAUCCUUUACCCUGUUUGUUUUCACUGAAUGUGUUCACAUAGUUGCCCUUCAUUGUUUCAGUAUCUGUUUUUUAUCUGCAAACACAUCUGUAAAGUAAUUAGGGAGAAAAGGGAGCAAAAAGAGAGGACAAGUGUGAGCUCAUCUGUCCAGCCUUGGAAAGCACCCCAGUCUUUUUGCCUGUUUGGGGUAAAAGAUAACUGUGUCCUUCAAGAAGUACAAUGUUGAGUCUCAAUGCUCAGUCACAGAUGCUGAAUGUCAGAUCAUUCUGCAAGCUGACCACCUUUUAAAGCCAAAAGUCAAAAUAAGACUAAUAAGACAACAUGUUCUUAUUGAAUCUUGUAUUUUCAGAUUUCCAUCACACUGGAUGUGAUUUACACAGCCAUGAUAUUAAAUGUCCACGCAUACAGUCACACCUCGUGAAUCUCAUAAAAUAAUAAAUCACAGAUUGUUUAAAUGAGUUCUCAAAAACUUUUGUGAAGGACAUGGCAUCGAUCAUGUAAGAACAGAGACACUUUCACUUCUGUUAAGAUAAUAAUUUCUACAGUUGAGGCUGAUGUUUUGUCUAUUUUCAUGCACAGAACCAACAUCAGAUGUUUGUGAUGAGGAAGAGCCAUCUGGAUUUCAAGGCUUUUGUUCAAGUUCUUGCCAUGGACAAGGACAAACUUGAAGAUUAUGUGAAGGCAAGUAUUCAUUUGACCUGUACACUCACCUGAAAGUGUAGAAAAAAGUUCUUAAUAUCUUACACCCAGAUCCAUUUCUGUUGAGUUCAUCAGUUAUCUGACACCUCUCCCUACUACAAGAAGGUAUUCUGUUGUAUUAAAUGACAAUUAAAUCAGUGUGUGAAUCUCCCCCUCAGGCUUUGACUGUACAUUUUAUCUCCAGCAGGGGGUGCUACAGAUCUAGUUUCAUGAUAUGAAACCUUCCACUAAAUGCAGAGUGGUCAGUGUUCCCACUGGUAGGACAAUGUUUCAUAAAGGUUGUACCUUAUAUGAUUAUAUGUAAGAAAUAAACAAUAUAUUUGUUUCCUUGAUUGACAUCACACAUGAAUGAACUUCGGUUUAUAGGACGGUGGAAUGAAAUUUGGCAUUAACAGUUUCCUAGAACCUUUGGCACAUUGGUACUAAAGUUCACUGAGAAAAACAGUAAACAGACAAUGAAAAACACCUCAUGCCUGGAAAUAUUUAUUCUGUACAGUUUGAUAAACAAGCUGGGAAUGUACAGGUUAAGAUUCCUAAUGACACUGAACCCUGAGAUUUGCACGCUGUGAUUUUGCAAUCAAUAACUUAAUUCAAAAUAAAUCUUUAGAUUUCACUAAGGGCUUUUUCCAGGUGGCAAGUUAAGUGUUUUCUGUCUUACAGAAUCAGAUGGAGGAUCAAUAUGGUGAACAUUAUGCCCAAAAGGUAGAGGACAGACUGCUGCACUACCUGCACAAGCUGGAGACAGUGCUGCCUGGAGAUACCUGCGCUGACAAGGUGUGUGUUUAAAAAAUGUACUGCAAACUUUUCUAUUAUAAGGCAUCGAUUGUGUUUACAGGAACUACUGCAAGUACUUAAAAUGUAAAGGUCAUGAUGAUGAAUACCAUAUAUGACUCACCAUAUGCAUAAACAUAUUCCUCUGAAUAUAGUUCUUAGGUUGGCAACCCAAAUGCUGGUUUAUUGUUGUUCGACUGCACCCAGUUUUAUAUAAAUGUGAUGAUUAAUGACGUGGUUUAAUCUUGUAAGGUGCACCUCUGAAUUUCCACUUUCUGUUAUAUUCACUGGUACUAACCUCUUGAAAAGUGUGCAACUGAUCAGAGUUUACUGGAUUCUGUAUGUACUCAUUAUUAAAUCAGUCCCACUCCCAUUGUGACAUUAGAGACACAGGUCCAUGGAUGAAUAAAACAAACACCGAAUAAAGCUGUACUUGGAGUCUCUGGAAACCUAAAUCCACAGAAGUUUUUUGUUUAAUCUAUAAGGGAUAACACUGAUAAAUGAUCACUCUUUAUAAAAAUGACAGCUCUUUUCGAAGAAUGUUUACUGGUACAUUAUGAUUGUUUGAAUUAGAUACUGAGACAAGGAAGUCCUGUGACACAGGAGGAGAAAAUGUUGAUUGAAGUACUUGCCUCGGACUCCGCCAGCAUCGCGACAACUCUAAAGAAACUGCUGCACUGUGGUAAGAAACAGCCAGCCCUACACACACACAUGCACACACAACAGAUACAACAUAGGUAAAUCUCAUUUCUUACAUGUUUUCAGAACAAAACAGCUUUUUGCUCCAGCCUGAUCAAUUGUUUCUGUUGGGCAUAUAAAAAGGACAAAGCUAUUUUACUCAUUUCAUAUCAGAAAAAGAUUGACAGAGCAAGAUUGGUCUUGCUCUAAGAGCACAUAUUUACCAUGCAUUAACAUCAAGGCACUACAACCACUUUGAGUGACAUACGUUUUAAAAUGUAUUUGAACCAAAAGUGGCAGAGCUUCAGCAUCAAUGCAUCAAUUCUGGUACAAUGAAGGUCCAAAAUUAGUGUCUUUUUUUUUGAUUACGUGCUCUUCACUGACUCUCGUAAAGCUGCUGAAGUGUAGUCCCACUAGUGCUGCUGCUGCUGUGAUGGAAAAUUACCAUACAAACAGCAUUAAAAAUACUCAAAGUUUGUGUUCGAGUUCUGAGUUUGAGCUACUGCCUAUGAGCUUACAGGUGCAGCUGAUCAGACUGAACUCAUUAAAAGUGCAAAUGCUCUUACAUGAAGAGAAUAGUGAAUAGUGAAUCCACACUGUUGUUGUAGUGCAGCAUUUAUCUGAAUAAUAAAUCUAAAAGUCAAGAUCAUACUUUACAUCUCAUUCCAGUUAUUUGACUCCUAAAGCCCUGAGUGAAUGACAUUUCCAUGCAUGUUCAUUUUCUUAUCAGCAUCCUUGUAUCUAAAAAUAUGUUAAAACAGCAGCAUAUCACACUGCUAACUUUUCGAGUUCUCAUCACUUUAUUUUAGGGUGACCAUACAUCCUCUUUUACCCGGACAUGUCCUCUUUUUGGGGCUUUGUCGAGGGAAGUUUAUAAAAUCCUUCAAAUGUCCGGGGUUUUGUACUUAAGUUUCGAUUUUGUGUCACGUGGACUUACCGCAUUAGAAGUGCAUAAAAACACUGGAUCCUACCGGAAAAACUCAAAAUUAACUUUGUGUGACUGUGACUCCACCCCUUGUAGUCGUGUCCUCUUUUUGGGAAGUCAGAAUAUGGUCACCUUACUUUAUUUAAAAAGGAGCUGUAAUAUCUACAGAGGUCUGACAGGGUGGAGAGUGAAGCUGCAGCUAGCAUGUUUUCAGGAGCUCAGCUCGUGUUUAGGUUGGGAUCCCUUCAGUAUUUAUCUUUACCAUGUUUUCUGAGAGACAUCACAGCAGUCUGGUGAUUUAAAACAAACUGUAAAAUACUUAGAAUAACAGACAUGUGUCCUCAGCUGUCUUUGUUUAAGUGCUGUGAGAAUUCAAACAACUCCUUCAUUUGCACCAGGAAGAAAAAACUGCACUUACUUUAAACUAUCUUUAUUUCUCUCUCUCUUUUGUAAUAUUUUUGAUGAUAAAGCACACUGUCUGUUAGAGACGCUCUACCUUUUUAUUCCCAUUAGAUGUGGCUUCCUGUCAUCCAGACGGGGUCUCUUGGUCAUCAGAGGACGAAAUUGAUCAAACGACGGUCAAAAGUUACCUGCCAGAGACUGAUGUGUCUCAAGAUCAUCGUAGUUUUUCAGAGAAUGACAACGAUUCAGAUUUAAGGAGGCAUCAGCAAACAGAGGAGGAUGGAGAGAAAGUCAAGAGGGUGGAGGAAGAGAGCGGUGACAGAGGAAGAGCAGAAAUCAGUCAGAGAGGUGGUGAGGGUGUUCAGAGCACCACCUCUCCCCCACAGUUCUGCUCCAAACACCAGAGAUGGGUGAAGAGCAUCCUGCAGGAGUGUCAUGUGGAGUGCUCAGAGGAGUUGCAGCUUAAGGCCAGUGUUUUUUCAUCUCCCCUGCUUUUCCAGUCCUCUUCAUCUGGAUCUUCAUCAGAGGACCUCACCCCCUCUAACCUGAUCCCAUCACCCUGCGAUCAACAGCAUCCACCUGUACAGACAGUGGUCCAGACGUCUGAACAAGCAAACUCUGAGGUUAAAAUGCACCCUGAAACUGGUGAAUCAGAGAAUAAUACCUUUCAGCCUGAACCUCCACAUCUGCCCACUUCUAAGAGAGACACUCUGCAGCCGAGCAUGUUGUCACCAGUGAUCCGAUUGAUAGACAUUGCCUCAAUUGACCAGUUUCUCCCUUUGUUUGAAUGCCAUGAAACAUCUCCAAAUCACCAUCAGCAGGCAGCUUCUUCCUCCAGUCCUCAGAUACUAACCUCAGGGGGUGAAGCCAUACCUCGUAAAACAGUUAAAGACUCUCCAUGCAACCAAUCAGAAGCCUUGGUCCCAAAAAGUCCUCCAUAUCCCGCACUCACGGGGAAGUCAGCACACAUAUCUCAAGAUCAGUUUACCUCUACUUGCUGCACAACAACAACUCAAGCGUGUUCUUCCAGAAAUUUAAAGAGAAGCAGACCUGCUUGUACUUCAGAUUCACAGGCUAUGGACAGACUCAGAGUGGACCGUUCAGCCCAGACCACCUUUGGGAACUGUUGUCCUUUCAAUGCCUCUGGGCCUCUUAAACAAGAACCUUCUACCUCUCAGUCAGGGAAUCGCUCCUCAGUCUGCAUUGCUAACUCAGUCCCUUUACAUGGUGGAUUACCUCAACAUGUCGUCCUUCAGAGCUCAGAGUCUCUCCCUCAAAAGCACACCAUACCUUCAAACAGCCUUCCUCCCUACAAAGUUAUAUCCUCAACUUUAAACUCUAAUUGCUCCUCUGCCACGGCUGAGACCAGCAGAGUCCAAAAACACCCGCUGAAGUUGUCUCUGCGGAGUCAAACUUUGCUGCUGCAGUCCAAGCUGCUGCAGCCGUCUGUGAGUGUUGUCAGGCUGAGCAGGCAGGAGUGUUGCAGAGUGACAGGGAGGAGAUCCUCACCUGGACAUGUGGAGCAGCCCGUGGAGCAGGGCAGCAGUGGUGACAACACUGAGGACAGGAGGAUGGAGGAGGGAGAGAAUGAAGAGUCAUCAUUUGAUGUGAAUUUCCUUUACUCCAGCUCCUCUUCAAACAGUGAGGGUGACAACUCACAAGUUUGUGACCCUGACUACGAACCAAACAUCAAGAGAAGACUUCUUCUGGAGUAUGAGGCUGCAAGGAGCAUGAAUUACACCUGAGAGUAUUUUUAUCUUAAUUUUUUAUAUAUAGACUGUCUGACUGACACCGGAGUUCAGAAUUGCACUGAUAUAUCAGCCAUGAGCGCAUAUUUGCACAAACACAACUCAAACCAGCUUCAGACUGAUCUGUAAGUUUGUGUUUUCUAAAGGUGCAGAUUAAACCUGAUACACAUCAUAGAAAAGUAAACAGUAACACUGUUUCUUAAUUAAACAAAAUUGAAUGUGAGCAUAUAACAACCGUGCUGCGACGGACAAGAUGAACAUGUUUUUAUCAAAUUUGAAGUGUUGUUUUUAUCUAACACUUCCUGUACAACCUUAAAGACACUAAAGCAGCAGUUGGUGCUAAGUUAAAUGAAGCAUAUGGAAGCUAAGGGGAGGCAGCUUUAAGAAGAACUCAAUAGUCUCAUUAUUGGGCCAGUAUUCAUCAGGUGGAAACAAACAUGACUCCAAACAACACUUGGGUUCCUCUUUGUCUGGUAGACUGUUAAAAGAGUUAGUUACAUUAACUUGACAAGAAUACACCUGACCGGACUUUUCUUGCUUUCAUCCCUGAUAGAGAUUAAGCCAAAAAGAGUUUAUGUUUACGUUUAUAUGCUGCUUUGUGAGUGUUUAAAGCUGUUACAUAACUUUGUGAAUUUUGAGUGAAUUUUGGAUGUCAUUGAAAAAUGUAUCUCCUGUAGCAGUUGCAUUUUAAAGGUUUGAGUGUUCUGUUAAAAAGGAUGUUUUGCUGUUAUUUGCUAUUUAAAUCAAUGACAAAUAAGAAUAAAAGACCCAGAGCUGUGUGUUGAAGAUUUUUGUGUUUGUGUUUUUUGUUUUUGUUUGUUUGUUUUUCUUACUUUGUUAGUGUGUUGGUCUUUGGUCCAGACUGCUGGACUCUCAUUUAGUCUUAUGAAGACAUUUAUGAUUCCCACAAGUUCAAUCCUAAAGGGGUGUUGAGAUUUUCAGAGUUCAACAAAAUCCUUUCUGGUCAGUUACAUCUGCAACAUGAACACUGAGUGUUAUCUUGAGUUGACGUUCAGCAGACAUGGACCAAUACUGCAUGGACCUCACUCUUCAGACCAUCCCACUGGGAGUCACGUCUUUGGUCAGUUUUGUGCCUAACCCCUACAUUACCCAAUCAUCUCAUCGGACGUCAGCUCUGUACGGAGGGAUGUCCAGUGGCAUGACAGUACACUGACUGCCUGCAUGAUGGUCAAAUAUGUGAACAAGACUGUUAAAAUCGGUCAUCGCUGAGGUCAGCGGUCGACCCCUGUGUUUGCAUACAGUUCAUAUAUUUACACAGUGAAGCUGAGGGGAGAGAAGAUAGCGCCCGCCCUAAAGGUGGAGGUAAAUCAAGGACACUGGCUACUGGCUUUUGACCUCAGGAUUGAUCAGUAACUGGAUCCUUGAAUAAUACACCCUGUUCAAAAAGCUUAAACAGAACAAACAGGAAAUGUGUUGUUGAUGUAGACUUUAUUUAUUUAUUUAUUUAUUUUUAUUAAUAUUUCUAUUCCUUUAUCAAAACAAAACAAUUAAAAAAAAACAUGUACACCAUUUAUACAACAUGAAUCAACAAACUCAUCACAGAAGACAUAUGCACUACAACAUACAAUAAUAGACAAUAAGGUGUGUAUGUGACUUUCUGUCAUUUACAGAAAGUUCAAUCAUAUAACUUAUUUUCCAAAUAUUGUUUUAUUAAGUUCCAGGGCUAGUGUGAUCUUUCGUUAGGAUUAGGGUUAGGGUUAGUAUAUUGGUUGUAUGUUUUUUACUCUAGUGCCAAGAAGGCAAACCAAUGGACAGGGUGGUAUUUUAACCUUCAGUACCACAACAGGUGUAUCAGUGUUCCUGCCUCACCACAGCCAUGCCAGCACAAAUGUGAGAGGAAAUUAUUGAUUUUCUUUAAUCUUGUUGGUGUGAUGUAGGUGUUGGUAGGAUGUAGGUGUAAAUUUUUGAUUUGAAUAAUUCUAUAUCUUAAACAUUUAGAUAAGGCUGUUGUGUUUUUAAGCACUGUCUCCCACUGAGCAGAGGUCAGGGACAUGCCCAAGUCUCUCUCCCAUUGGGGUUUGAUGGAAGAUAGUCUGUCCAAGGAAGAAAGAAAAGGAAGGAAGACAUGGACAAACUUUUUAUGAAACUUUUUACAAAGUAAAUCAAUUUAAUAUAUGCACAUAAGUGUGUGUAUGUGUGGUCCAUACACAUGAACAGUAACAUAGCAUUAUGUUAGUAAACACUGGCCGGGUAUACAGCUCCUACUGGUGGUGAGUAGCUGCACUACAACUUAGACACAACAUAUGACCGGGAUUUUUGUCCAACAAUUAUAAAAUACAACUAAUUUGACCGACUGAUGAGCAAUCAUGGAGCCCACUCCAUAAUUAAUGAUAUGAACAUUUUAUCACUGACAGUCCAUUCAACACAUUCCUGUUCCAGACUACAAUAUAAUCAGUAUGCUUAAACUGUAUGCAUUAUUUUAACUUCAUUCAGGCCCCCCAGCCAAUGUCACCGUCAUUCUCUAAAGUAGUGGGCUUCACCUGCAAACAUUUGUUUUUUUAUUCACUCAUAGGCGUACUUUUUGUUACAUGCAAAGAUCGAAAGAUCCCAGGCUCAUUUUCUUUGUGUUGCAGUCUGCAAUUGCCAGCAGAUGUUGACCAUUGUGUUUGGAAAACUACUUUAAUUGUUCACACAUGACUGCAAAAAUAUUCAGAGGUUGCAUUAAGAUGCUAUUGCCUUCUUAUCUCUCCACUCUGACUAUUUUUCUUGAACCAUUAAGCCUGGUGGGAAAUGAUGCACAUACUACAGACUAAAACUCUACACCUAAUGUCUUUUGGUCACAAAUUCUAAAUUUUGAUACAGAAUCUGUGAGUAGAGAUAAGACAUCACAUGGCUCAAAUUUGCUUCAACUAGUAAGUAAAUACAACCAUUUUCAAAUCAUUUAGCUAUCCUUUUGAAAGGCACAGUAACAAAAUGGAAAACACGGACAUGUUAAAAUACCUUUCUGGUCUUCUACUUGAGGUGCUUUAUUUUGCAUGUCAGCUUGCAACACGAGGGUGCAGGUGGAGGAGCUGGGAUUCAGAAGUCUUUCUAGCAGUCCAGCUUGAUAAAGAGCAACACAGUUCACAAUAACAAACUGUGUUUUGGACUUGGAGCACACAGUCAACUUACUUAUCACAGAAAGUUACAAGCCAAUCACUAAUACCUGCAUUAGUAUAUUUUCCACUUAAUCCACAUUGAUGGAGUCCUAACAAAUAGUGGGUGUUUUUGAUCUUCUUAUGUCCUCUUGCUUACUUACGAUGUGUUUUUCGUGUCCGGCUCAUGGCUGGCAUUGAUACUUGGCUAUUUCAUGGUGAGGUACAAAGUUCUAAAGGGUGGACUGUGGCUGUAUCAAGUCAUUAUAUAAAUGCUCUUCAAUCCUUUAUUAAAUAACAAUCAGUGCUUUACUUUAAACCAUAUGUCUAAAAUUGUAAAUCUGGAAAUGAUAGCAUCAUACGAAGUUAACUUAUCGUACAAUAAGUGAUAGUAGCUUUAUUUGAGUGAUAGUGUGAUAUCCAACUGUUUGGUAAGACGUGCUGCGGACAGUCACGUAACAUUGUUAUGCAUGUUGGAAAAUAAUCAAUGACCGUAUUUUUAGUUUUUUUUUUUUUGUUUGUUUUGGGGUUUUUUUCUGUUGAACACUUCUCUCUAUUUAUUUAUUGUCAUAUGUGCCAAAGCUUCAGAGCUGUUUUUCCUCCUUAUCAGUAUUACAUCAGAUGAGCAUGUGGUGCUUGAUGUCCCAACCUGGUUAAAUAACACAGUAUGCGUGCUUUUUUGUUUAUAAAGCCCUUGUGCAAGUAUAGAGCUUCUCAAUGAGAUAUCUCAGUUACUAGAUCACAAUGAUCCCAGGCAAAGAUUUUGAAUAAUUUUGGUGAUCUGAAGUUAUCAUUGUGGUUCCACAGAGGUCUCUGCUCCGGUCAUCCUUGGUUUUUCAGAUCAGCCUUCGCUUACUAAUAAAUCACUGUUGUCAUCAAAUUUUCACUUAAACUAUACUCACAUGUGCAUGCAACUCCUGAAACUUUUGGACUGUGUAUGUAGACUGUUUUCAUGGACAUAGCUUCAGUGAUGUCACUCAUUGUUUUUUUAAGACGAGUUCUGAAAGCUAUCCAGAGCGGUCACCGUACUGGAAAUACUAACUCAACCUAACUGUUGGUCGACCCAAGAAGAGGCAAAGAGGUUGGUGGCUCCUUGGUCACCUUGCUAACAGCUUCAGUCUGCCCUCCUACUGGUCAGAAAAUUAUGCAAAAAUUUCUUUCUUGAUACCCCGAGUUAUGAGAAUGUUUCAUCCCUCGUAAAGUGUGAGCAGGUACAGAAAUUAGCUAUUCGGACCAAAAUCCUUUUUCAACAGACUAUAAACUUAAUUGGUUUGUUUUUGUUUUUCAGAUAUUCACUCAUUUUUAGUUUGACGCCUGUAACUUGUUCCUAAAAAGUUGGGACAGGGUGUGCUUAACUCUGUGUUACAUCACAUGUCCUCUUAACAACACUCAAUAAGCAUGUGGGAACUGAGGACACCAACUGUUGAAGCUUUGGAGGUGAAAGUCUUUCCCAUUCUUGUUUCAUAGACAACUUCAGUUGCUCAACAGUCUGAGACCCUGUUGUUGUAUUUUGUGCUUCAUAAUGCACCAUACAUUUUCAAUAAGGGACCAGUCUGGACUGCAGGCAGGCCUGUCGAGUACCUCUUCAGAGUCGUCAACUCUGAAGCCACGCUGUCAUAACACGUGCAGAAUGUGUCUUGGCAUUGUCUCGCUGAAAGAAACAGGGACUUGAAAAAGAUGUGACUUGGAUGGCAGCAAAUGCCGCUCUAAAACCUGUAUGUAUGUACCUUUCAGUGUUAAUGGAGCCUUCACUGAUGUGACAGUCAGCCAUGCCAUGGACACUAAACACCCCCAGACCAUCACAGAUGCUGGCUUUGUACUUUGACCGGAGAACAGUCUGGAUGGUCCUUUUCUUCUUUAGCCUGAAGGACACCACUUCUAGGAUUUCCAAGUACUAUUUGAAAUGUGGAUUUGUUGGACCACAGCACACAUUUACUUUUAGAGUUUGAGCUGGCACUGGUAGAUGUAGAAACGAAACAAAGUGUUCUGAGUGUUCCUGAGCCCAUGUGGCACGUGUUUUUUAAUGUUGGUUUUGGGCCUUGCUGCUUACGCGCAGAGAUUUGUCUGGAUUCACUGGGUCUUUUGAUGAUAUUUUGAACUGUAGAUGAUGAAAUGAAAUCACUAACAUUUCUGCAAUUGUUGGUGUUUUUGGAGCACUUCUCUAUUUUCAUUUUGUCAUUUUUUGCCCCAACUUUUUUGGAACGUGUUUCAGGAAUAAAAUUCAAAGCGAGUGGAUAUUUGCAAAAAACUUAAGGUUUAUUAGUUUGAACAUUAAAUAUCUUGUCUUUGAUGUGUAUUCAAUAAGUUAAAAAGGAUUUGCAAAUCAUUGUUGACUGUAUUUAUUCAUGUUUUCCAUAACAUCCUAGCUACAUUGAAAUUUGGUGUACAGUGUAAUUAAAACAGAUAGACAGCAUGGGUUCCAACAAUAAAACAACUCAUUUAUUGGGUCUAUAAAUGUAGGUCACCUCACUUUGUUUACAGCGGUGAGCUGACAUAGACCAGUUUCAUCCUGCAUAUCUAAUCCUGCAAAUCUCAGAACACAUUAGUGUUGGAUGAGGCAGAUGAGGCAAGACCACAUCCUUCACCUCAAAAUUACUGCCAGUAAAAUGUAAAUGACAUUCAUUAAAAUUAUAUUCUUUAUGAUAAUGACAUCUCAGAAUGUAAAAGGCCACUGAGGCAACUCCAAACCAGAGCUUGAACUAAUUAUGUCAAGACCGUGUUGACUCUCCCAACAGGCUGAUUUAUGAAGGUGAGCAGUCCCCCCAUGAUGGAGCACCACAUCAUGACUUUGCAGUUUUGGAUGAACUAGGUCAAACUCACCCACCAUAUGUACACUGCACCCGGACAUCUUUUCCUACAACAUGAGUGGGUCUUCUGCCCUGGACUAUCAUGAUCCAGUUUGAGUUGGUUAUUGGUGGAUUUGUUUUUCAUUUAUCACCAAGAUAUAAAAAUAACUCCUAUUUAUCUUUAUUUAGAAAAUCAGAACAACAAGUAUCUUACAUUUUAAUACUUGCUACAUGCUUGAUACUUAAUACAUACUUGCUGCCAAGAGGGCCUGUAACAAUUUUAUAUCAUUGCUGCUUUUCAAGCUCAAAAGAUGCCCCUGGGAGUUAACUGCAAAGCACAAAAUAAUAAUUCCUGAGAAGAGGAAGUGACGCUCCUCUAUUUUCUUUCUCUCUUUGCAGAAUAUUAUACCGGAUUUCCUUGCCAAAUGAAUCUGGAGAUAAUGUCAAAAGAGUCACCCCAGUAAGACUAAAUUUAUAGAUUGAGUAUAAAUUAUAUGAAACCAUUAAUUGUGUUGGGACUUUGUUAGUCAGUUACUCAGUAUUAAAAAAGCUCAAA